AUGGUCGCUUCUCGAGAGACAAAGAUAUAUCGGCAAGAUGCUCGAAGCAAAGGCAGCUUCCUCUCUCCCGAGCAGAGGGAGGAUAUGCUCAACCCUUACCUUCCAGCGCCUCCUUUGAGCAGGACUCCAGCUCCAGCUCUUCGAAAACGAAGGUCGCAGCCUGUCCAGACUUUCCUAAAACAACAAUUGCAUCUGCUCGUCUUCAUAAUAAUACAUACGCUAUUCUCAGUCUACAUCCGGAUACGGCAGACCUAUCAUAUCCUUCUCGAUCGCGUCUUUGCCAUUCUUUACUACCAUCAUAGAGCGCCAGAGCUUAUUCGGCAAGACGUGAAAAAUCUCAGCAGGAUACCGGGGCAUCUGAGUGUGAUUCUAGAAUUGAAAGGAGAGGAGAGGGGCACUGCGGCCUUGGGGGCUUUGAUGGAUGAGGUGGCAGAGAUAUCGGCAUGGUGUUCUUGCGUGGGGAUACCGAUGCUCAGCGUAUAUGAAAGGACCGGUAUCUUGAAGGCCUACAUUCCAACAACUCAUCGGACUGUCACCAAGAAACUGCACAAUUACUUUGGACGUUAUAUACCAUCUCUCCAGGUUCGAGCGCCUCACGUACCCUCUUAUCUGAAUGGUGGCAGCUCUGAAGAGGGUGGUGUGUCAAUUUUAUCAGGCCAUCUCUCGAUACUCCUCCUUUCCGCCGAAGAUGGUCGCUCAACUCUUGUAGACUUGACCAAGACCCUGGCAGAGAUGUCGCAGCGGAAGAAGUUGUCCCCAAAUGACAUAUCCUUGGACUUGGUAGAUGCGGAGAUCACGGAAAGUGUCAUGGGGGAGCCGGAUCUACUUGUGCUUUUUGGACCAAGCGUGGAACUGCAGGGCUAUCCCCCUUGGCAAGUUCGAUUAACCGAGGUUUACCACAUGCAAGAUAACACUGGCGUUGGGUAUCAGGUCUUUUUGAGAGCUUUGCAUAACUACGCGAAAGCGUCUAUGAGGCUUGGAAGGUAA